AUGCUUCAGUUGGCUGGAGUGAGCAAUUCAACUUGAGGAAUGAGAAAUGACAGCAAGGCCAAGAAGAAUGGCUCCAACAGCUUCAUGGACUCCAUGGACCCACAACUGGAGCGGCAAAUGGAAAACACCCAGAACCUGGUGGACUCCUACAUGGCCAUUGUCAACAAGACUGUAUGGGACCUCAUGGCUGAUGUCAUGCCCAAGACCAUCAUGCACGUCAUAAUCAACAAUGUGCAUGCACUGCCCCCCUGGGGCCUCCUGUGGCACUGGAGAUGCUGGUGGCCAUGUUGGCCUGGGGGAGAUGCCGACCAGCCCUAUGGGACCAGGUUCAGGGAGGGAGGCAUGGUCCAGACCAGAGCUGUCUUAUAG